GUCAUUUUUGGUCGUAGUUAGUUAAGCCUCAGAAUCGAAAAUUGUUCUUUUUGAAAUUGAGCAUUUCUUUCUCUAUAUAUUCUUCGGUAGGAUUAAAAAGUUGCUUAGUCAUCUCCUAUUUAAGUGUGAGGGCUACACGAGCCUAAAUAAUGCAGUGUGGCGGACUGUUUGAUAUGCAAGAUUGGUUGGCCUUCUCAAUAAAAUGGUGUCACAUGCCUCUGUAGAAGAGACAAAUCUAGUGAGGUCCUAAAUGAGCGCGGUGUCUUUUGAUUAAAGUAUGUCAAUUUACUGAGUUAUGUCUGAAAGAAAAUUCCUUUGGAAAAUUGAGCGUAAUCCAUUAGUACAAGCAACACAGGCACUGUGAGUUCUGUCCCUACAGCGGCGACCAAACUCAUGUGUGUGUGCAAGUUAUGCACGAGAACAGUUUGUUUGUAUGUCAUUAUCGUCAAAUAUUGGGGAAGCACUAUUUUCAACAUCACUGGUGAAUCAGAGCUUCAAAUAAAUAGCUGGCUUUUUGCUUUGUUUGUAUCACGGUAAAAACUGCUGUUAAUACACAGAGUCACACAAUGACAUUUUACCCCAUAUUUAACAAGGUUUUAUGGCAAUGUUGUCUUUCCCCAUUUUGCCCAAUAGUUGACUUGAUCUUCUCGGAAAUCAGCAGGGUUGUUGAACUUUUCCAGCCUUCUAUGGACAGCGAUACUAUUGUAGCAAGAGAAGCUCUGUGCCCCUGAGCAAAGUACAAAGUUCCCACCAGUACAAAUCUCACUGGCUGGUGCCCUUGGAUCAUUACAUUUGCUACACUUAAGCAACACAAUAAUUAGUAGCUCUCGAUUUCAGUUUUCCAUAUCGCAGUGGAGCAUUUCAGACUUCUUCUUACCGCAGCUUUGGAAUUUUGGCAUGUACGCGACUACGCUCCUGUUUCUGCUCGCACUGUGCGCCAUUGGAGGACAUGGCGAAGACAAGCAAAGCCGCGGCCACGUUUCCGUGGUGGUCGUUGGUGGCACGGGGGACCUGGCAAAGAAGUACCUCUGGCAGGGCUUCUUCCAGCUGUACUUAAAGCAAGUCAGCAGCGGAAACACAUUCUCCUUUUACGCCAGUGGACAGUCACCCAAGGACAAGGCCGCGCCAAUAUUCUUCGGUAUCCUGAAGGCGGUGUCUUGCCCAAAAGACGUCUCCGAUGAACGCUGCGCCGUGCUCAAGGAGCAGUUCUUACGGCUAGCUCAGUAUUGGCAACUCAAGACCCUUGACGAUUACCAGAAUUUGGCCAAGCAAAUUAAGAAUCAGGUUCAGGAGGAAGGACUAACCGAGGCUGGACGACUAUUCUACCUCUCCGUGCCAGCAUUUGCAUACGCAGAUAUCGCAGAUAAAAUCGAUACCGGCUGCAGGCCUGUCGGCGGGACGGCAUGGCUCCGAGUGGUUCUGGAGAAACCAUUUGGACACGACCUGAGGAGCGCGCAAACGCUUGCUUCUCAACUCGGGAAGGCCUUGCGCAAUGAAGAAAUGUACAGAAUUGACCACUACUUGGGAAAGCAGGUGGUCUCAAAGAUCCUUCCCUUCAGAGUAGAGAACAAGAAAUUCCUCGAUCCAAUCUGGAACAAACACCACAUGGAGAGAAUAGAGAUCGUCGUGAAGGAGACACUAGAUGUACAAGGUCGUAUUCCCUUCUACGACAAGUACGGCGUGAUCCGAGAUGUAAUCCAGAACCACCUAACCGAGGUCAUGGCUCUCCUGACCAUGCGACUUCCUGCCAAUCUCAGUGACAGCGAGGAGGUUCUCCAAAACAAGCUGUGGCUCUUAAGUUCUUUGUUGCCCUUGGGCAAGAAUCAGGCGGUGGUCGGCCAGUACCAAGCGUACCAAGCCGAGGUUCGACGGGAGCUCAACAAGACCAAAGACCACAUGAGCAUCACACCAACAUUUGCAGCUGUACUGGUGCACAUGGGCACGGCCCAAUAUGACGGGGUGCCCAUCCUUCUGAUCUCGGGGAAGAUGUUGGACGAACGAGUAGGAUACGCACGGGUCGUCUUCAAGAACGACAUGUUCUGUCUUCAGAACAGCUAUCGUUGCAAGCCCAAAGAGAUUAUCUUCUACUUUGGCCACGGUAGCCUUCGAUACCCAGCCAUUCUCGUUUCCAAGAAUCUCUUUAAGCCUUCUGUUCCAGAGGGUGAUUGGAAGGAAGUGACGGAUCACACAAAUGUUGACGUCCUGGGCUCGCCUCUGUCAGACUACUAUGUCCAAACUCCAAAAGUGCAACAAGAAGCUUAUGCAGAAUUAAUUUCUCGUAUUUUCGCUGGAGACAACGAUUGUUUUAUCAGUACUGAUAAUCUCCUUGCAUCUUGGGACUUUUGGACUCCACUGCUUGAGAGCUUAACCGGCACUUUUCCCCGCGUCUACCCGGGAGGAGCUGACAACGGUGGCCUGCUGGAUGUCCGUCUAAAAGGGAAAGAGAUCACCUACAAAAGUGAUGUGGUGUUUCUGGGACCGGAGCAGGUCAAAGGUGAAUCUGCAAGGAGUUUCCUAGUUAUGCAAGGCACGUAUCGGUCCAACGACAUGGUGUCUGCCUGGGCUGAGGAGCUGAUAGAGCGUCUGGCCUUCGACAUCCAGGAAGCGGCGGAGGCGGCCGUGCUCCGGGGCGACGUUUUCCACAUGGCCCUCUCCGGUGGGUCGACGCCCAUUGCGCUCUUCCACAGGCUGGCCCUGCACCAUUUCUCCUUCCCUUGGCAUGAAACCCACAUCUGGAUGGUGGACGAGCGUUGCGUACCACCGACCGACCUGGAGUCAAACUUUCACAACAUCUACCAGCACCUUCUGCAGCAUGUGCGUAUCCCCUAUUACAACAUCCAUCCAAUGCCGGUGCAGUUUAAGCAGCGGCUGUGCGUCGAGGAGGACAUGACAGCGCUGCUGUAUCAGGAAGAUAUUAGUAGGUUCGUCAAUGGCUCCAGGUUCCACUUUGUCCUCCUGGGAGUCGGCCAUGAUGGACAUACGGCUUCCCUCUUUCCUGGCGCUAAGGCAGCCAACAGUGAAAAUGACCUGGUGGUCCUCACAGAGAGCCCCGUCAAGCCGCACCAGCGCAUGAGCCUCACACUUGACGCUAUCAACCGAGCCCACAAGGUGGCGCUGCUGGUGAUGGGCAAAGGUAAACACGAGCUUGUCACCCAGCUGAGUCGUGUCAAGGAUGAGCCAAACAAAUGGCCUAUAACUGGGGUGAAACCCAAAAAUGGCACGCUUGUCUGGUACAUAGACUACGACGCACUUUUGGGUUAGGGAUAAAAAAAAAGUCUUUAAACAGAACUUUAAUUCAGGUACAGUGAAGCCAUGACUAUUUACAAAGGUUAGGGAACGAGACCAGUGAAUAGCAAAAAAAUAUCUUAUAGUUGGCACUCUUCCUUGAAACUUUUACAUUUGCCCUUAUGAGUAGUUUACAGUAAACCAUCAAGCAUUCACAAAUUCACGAUUUUUUUGUGGAACCUACCCUCUGCUGUUUGUAUGUUUUGUUCUCUUUCCGUAACGCCUUACGAUGAUGUAAAAGCUCCGGCAGGGAAGUAUUGUCAAAAUGUUACACAAUCUCCAGAAUCAACCAAACAAUACAUAGUUUUUAAACAUUCAGUGCUUUUACUUCAUUGUUUGUCUUCGAUUGUGGUAGCAUCAGAUCUCAGGUACAGAAAAAAAACUAAGGCAAUAAUAAAUUUUAUCAUAUGGUUUAAAAAUUAUGUUAAACAUUUUGGUAUAUCUAUUUUAAUGUUGACUUGAAUCUGUAUUUGCAGUUCCUCUGUGUAGUAAGUCAAAAGAAUGUUACCGAGCCUUGAUGUGAUCCAUUUGCUGGAACAUUGUAAAGUUGUUUACUCAUAUGUGCAUUCAUAGUAUGCCUUCCUCUACCUGGUUUUCACAAUGAAAUUUUAAGAGGUA